AUGAGUAAAAUAAUUAAAUCAUUUUUAACAAAACGUGAUGGUGGUGGUUCAUCAUCAUCAUCAUCGUCAUCAUCAGCAACAACAGCUGCACCUGUAUUAUCUGGAGGAAUAAUAUCAAAUUCUGCUAAUUCAACAUCACAAGAUAUUAUUCUUACAUUAACACAUCUUCGUAAAAUAUUUUUUGAAUAUCAACGUCCUAAAAUUCAAUGGACACAACAGGAUAAAAAUGAUCGUCUAUAUUCAACUAUACCAAUGGUUAUAAAAGUUCUUAGUGUAUUAUCAAAUAAUGAAUGGGAAGAACGUUUUCCUGAAUUAUCUGAAUAUUCAUUCACACUUGCUAAAUUACUUGUAUCAGAAAUACGUAUGCGUGCUGAUAAAGAACCAAAUACCAAUGCUGCAAGUCAAGCUAUUAUUGAAUAUUUAGAAAUGAAUGAUGAAACAAAUUCUUUAUCAGGAUGGUCAUUACUUCGGUCACUUAAAUUAUUAUCAACUGGACCUAAUCUUAUUCUGGAUAAAUUUGCACAAGCAUCAUUACCAAGUACAUUUGUUAAAUGUUUAUCUUUAUUUUUUGAUUUACCAGAUAUAUCAUCAAAUCCUAUAACAAAUGAUGCUAUAUCACCUAAAGAAAAACGUAUAUUACUUCAACAAAUAUUUUUUCAACUUUUAUCACGUAUUGCAAUAUCAAAUUCAUGUGUUGAAGAAUUAACACGACGUGAUGAUCUAUCAUUAUUAUUUAAUGCUAUAUCCAGUAAUUGUCCUCAACGUAAUAAACCAUGGAGAAUACAAGCAUCUGAUAUGCUUCUAUUAAUUGGAAAGCAUACAUUACAAUCAGCUAUUCAAUGCAUACAUAAUAAUAAGCAUAUAUCUCAAUGUGUAAAAAAUUUACGUCAAGGAACAUGCGAUUUAUCGUUAGAAGAUAUGGCACGUGUUUAUGAAACAUUAAUAUGUUUAUUAAUUGAAUCAUCAUCCUUAUCAUCGAGUCUUAUGGAUGAUUUUCGUCUUGCACAUUGUUAUGUUCAUUUGAAAGAUAUUAUUCUAAGACUUGAAAAUGAAUGGAUUAAUGAUGAAUCGGAAAAAUUCUUUGCACGUUUUAUUACAUUACUCGGUGAUUUUACAUAUGCAGGUUUUAAUGAACUUAAAUUACCUCCAAGACCUGAAACACUUACUGAUAUACCAACUUUUACUAUGCCACAACCAAAAAAAACCGGUUUUAUUGUUCGUAAUCUUUCUGCAUUUACAAUUCUUCAAUCUAUUUUUCAACAGUCAACACAUCCAUUUCUAAUCAAUAUUAUAUUUGAUACAAUUAGUAGUGUUAUAUUAGCUGAUAAUGCAAAUUAUUUUCUUUGCGGAGAAAAUCUUUCACCAUUAACAGAAGUACUUUAUGAUAAACCAAAUGAUGUUCAAUUAAAAAUUUAUGAUCUUUUGGAAUUUAUUGUAUUCCAACUUAAAUAUAUUCCACAUAGAGAACUUGUUAAUUUAUCAAUCAUGCUUAAAUCAAAUAGUGCAAUACGAAAUCAUAAGAAUUGUGUCAAAUAUUUAAUUCAUAUACUUAAAUUUAAUAAUGCAUUAAAGGAAGGUCUUCGAGAUUUAGGUUUUAUUGAAGUACUUAUUGGACGUUUACAUCAUUUUGCUACAUUACUUAAAGAAUCAGUACAAGAUCCAAAUGAUAUUGGUGAUAAUAUGGAUCAAGAUGAAAAAGAAUUAGGUUUUCUAGUUAUGGAAGCAUUGGCUUUACUUUUAUCACAUAAUCCGAAAAAUGCUAAAAUCUUUCGAGAACAUGGUGGUGCAAGACUUGCACAUAAUAUUAUUCCAUAUCGAUUAUGUCGAGUAGCAGCAUUAACAGUUGUACUUCAUUUAGUUUUAUGUACUGGUGGUGAAGAUGAUACAGGAACAUUAUUAGGCCUUAUUCAUACAGCCAAAUUAGAAGAAUUAGAAAUGAAAUCAGUUAUUCUUAAGGGAUUUUUAUAUAUUCUUCGAGAAAGUCAUCGAACUCGUACUGUUUUUCGAAAAGUCGGUGGUUUUGUAUAUAUUGUGUCAUUAUUAAUAUCAAUGGAAGGUUGUCUAUCUGUACCACCUAAACAUCCAUGGACAACAGUAUCUCGUCAUGAAAUUUUAUCUAUUAUUCGGCUUAUACUCAAUACAUUAACUGUAGCAAUGCGUUUUGAACCUGGUAAUGCUCGUCUAUUUGAAAAUGAGGUUCGUUGGCAAAGUUUAUAUGAUGCUGUUAAAUUACUCGGUUGUUUUACAAAUGAAACUCGUCUUGUGGAUAGUAAUACAUCAUCAUCAAAAUUUGAUUAUGCAUCUAAACAUAAUUACGAUAUAUUCGAACAAUUAUUUUAUUCACUCGAUGAACGUAUUAUUUCUUCACCAGAAUUACCACUUGAGCUUAUUAAUGCUUGUCAUAUAGCACGAUGUUUUCAUGAUAUUGCUCUUGAUUGUAUUGAUAAAUCAUUAGUAUCAAAAAAUGAACCUAUGAAAUCAGAAACAUUAAUUGAUAAUAAUGAAGAUUCUGCAAAUAGUGCACUCUUUCGUCAGAGUACAUUUAAUAUGCCAGCAACAACACGAGCAUCAGCAACAUUUACAUUUCCAUCUUAUAUGGAAGAACCAAUAAUUGUUUAUCCAGGUGCUAUUGUUUGUUUUCUACAAAUUAUAUCUUGUAUACCACGAUUGGUUGAUGAACAAUAUUCCAAUCGUUUACAAUAUUUUCUUAUGUUGACAUUAAAAAAUUUACUUAAAACUGAUCGUAAUUUACAAAUAAUGGCUACCUAUGGAUUUUCUCAACAUAUUUUAUAUAUAUAUGAAGUUGCACUUGAAAAUGAAAAUCAUCAUUUACAUACGUCUGUUGAAUAUAUUUUUGAAAGAUUAGCUGCAUUUAUUUUACCAGUACGAACAUUAAGACAAUUUCUUCGAAUGGGUAUUGAAACAAUAAUAAGUCCAACAUUAUUAGUGAAUUCAUCAAAAGAUGUUAGUUUAAUCAAUAAAUCAUUUGUACCAUUAAAUAGAAUAAAAUGUCUUGUUUCAAUGACAACCUUACGUGAUAUUCGUCGCGAAACUCAAGUUUUAACAGUACCAAAUUCUCCAUUAGGAACAUCAUCUGGUAUUUCGUCAGUAGUAUCUCCAUCAUUUGUCGAAUUUAAUAUGGGUAUUGAAGGUUUUGGUGCUUUAUUAUUACCAUGUUUAAGUCCACAAUCAGCAACAUCAUCAACUAAUGUUGUUGGAAAUUUUGGUAUGGUUACAAUGGCAAAUGAUGUUAAUUUACAAGGUGGAAUGACAUUAACAAAUGGUGGUGAACGACCAUUUCCACCACAAUAUGGAAUGACUUAUUCAACAUGGUUUAAUGUAGAAAAAUUUGGUCCGGUUAAAGAUAAUGUACAUCCUAUACGUCUUUUAUCUAUUAUUCGAAAUACAUUUAAUCGAGAAGAUUAUAAAUUUGUUUUACAAGUUUAUAUUUAUCCAAGAGAUAAAUCUUUAUUAGUAUCAACACAAGAACAUCCAUUUCAAGAUUGUCAUAACGAUUCAAUAUAUGUCGAUGAUAUUAAAUCUGAUGGUUUAGUCAAAUUUAUAUGUUCAGAAAUGAUGAUUGAACAAAAAUGGACACAUAUUGCACUUGUUUGGGCAAAAGGUAUGCUUAAAAAUAGUGCAGUUACAUUAUAUAUCAAUGGAAAACAAAUAGCGGUUCAAAAACUUCAUUAUAUAAAUAAUAUGACUGUACCACCAGGAAAUAGUGUUUCAACAUUUGCUUAUAUUGGUACAUUACCAGUACAACGCGUACAUUCCAAUGUUCAAUGGCGUCAAGGACCAUGUUUUCUUAUUGAAGAUAUUCUUUCAUCACAACUUAUAGCAGCUAUGUUUGGAGCUGGUCCAAAUUAUAUUGGUUCAUUUCAAGCUGUUUGUAUCGAUCCAAUAAAUGAUAUAUUUUCACCAUUAUUUCCUGAAGAGAGAAUUAUAUUUGGUUUACAUCCAGCUAGUUUUUUUGAAACAACUUUAUCACAUUUUAAGAAGCUCUAUAAUAAAAAUGAUGCGAAAUUAAUUGCGAAACAGCUCAAUAUGCCAACAAAUGAAUCAACAGUACCUAUUCGAAUCUUAUACAAUAUUGCCGCACCAUAUAGUGGUCCUGCUCGAACAGUUGGUGGUGUAGUAAUUGGCUAUUUAGGUGUUCGUAUAUUUGUUCCAAAUCCUGUAUCUAAAACUAUUGAAUAUAUUGGUGGUCCAUAUGUAAUGCUUGGUUUAAUUGCAAUGUCAAAUGAUAUUGAAUCAUUUUAUGCAUCAGUUAAAGCGUUUGUUUGUGUACUAAAAUCUAAUAAACAAAUGCAAAAUGAAUUAUUAAGAACAAGAGCAUAUCAAUUUCUUGGAUUUUUAUUUUUGAAAAAACGUCAUCUUAUCAAUAGUCAUAUAUUACAUUUAACAUGUACACUUGUUGGAACAAUUGAUACAAUACGUGAAUCAACAGCUAUUACAAAUCCAGCUGCUUUUGAACAUCUAUUAUGUGAAUUUGAAAUAUGGAAAGGUGCUAGUGUUGAUAUACAAAAAUCUUUAUUUGAACAUUUGCUUGAUGUAUAUUUAACAAGUGAUACACAAAAUUUAAUGUUAAAUCAACGAUUAUCACAAAAAAUAAAUUUAAUGUCACGUUUAUUACAUUUACUUAAAGAUGGUUCAAUAAAUGAAUCUACACGUUUAAUAGUUGUUAGUCUUAUUCGUGUAUUACUUGUUACAUAUAAAAAUACAAAUGAUAUAUUGAAGCUUGGCCAAUUUCUUGUUUAUCUUCUUCCAUCAAGUUCAAUAUCUGAAAAAAAUGUUACUAUUCAUGGAACUCUUGAUGAUUCAUCAAUUGGAGUACAAAAUAUUAGUUUACGAAAUUUUCUUUUGGAAAUGUUAGCACGAACAAUCGCAGAAGAAAAACGUUCACAAACAAACUUAACUGAUGAAUUUCUACUUCAUCUUGGUUAUGAUUGGCUUCUUCUUUUUUUACAAUCUCAUCUACAUCCUCGAACAAUUGUAUUAACAACAAAAUUACUCAUUGCUUUUCUUUUAUCAUCAUCAAAUGCAUUAACACGUUUUCGUGAUAAUGCAAUGUUACUUAUAAAUCCAUCAGCAUCAAAUAAUUUAUCAUCAUCACAGUCAUCAUCAUCAACAACAACAGCAAUGACAACAAGUGCAGCAACAAUUCCAUCACCGUCAUCAAAUACAGGAAAUAUUACACCAUUAUCACCUUUAACAUCAAUUAAUGAAAAUUGGAUUAAUGUAUUUAAUGAUCGAGCAACAACAAAACCUACGUUUGCAUUAAAUAUUGAUCCACCAUUAACACUUGGAAAUAAUACAAAUGUAUCAAUACCAUUACCCGGUUUUGUUCUUUUACAAUAUAUAUUUGCUCAAAGAGCAGAAAUUAUACCGAUUUAUUAUCAAUUAGCAGCAUUUCUUUUUCGACAAAUACCGUCGGAUGAUACCAUGGACCAAACAGGGCUUACAGUUGAAAAAUUAUUAAAAACUGUAAAUCUUCAUACUCCACUUGCUCCUCCUCUUUCCAAUACACCUUCAUCUGGAUCAAAACAACAAUCAACAACUCAACAACAACAAUAUGAAUUAGAUGCUUGUCCAAUACUUCUUUCAAUGAUACGAAAUUUAACUAUUCAAGAUAAUGAACAAGCUGAACAAAAUGGUUUAGCUACAUUAAAAUUUUUUCAUCAAUUAUAUCGUCGAAAAACGGAAUUUUUUACUUAUAUUCAAACUGUUGAAUAUCUUUCAUUUUUAUGUGGAAUUAUUUUUCCACCAUUAAUUCAAAAUCAAGCAUCUUUUGAUUUACCCCAGACAAUUGUUCGUCAGAAAAAUAUUUCGAAUGAAGAAGCUUCAUCACCGACUGGUCAACUCGAUUCUCUUAUAGCUUCAUUUUCAUCAAAUACAACAUUACGUGGAGCAAUUGUUGAUAUUGUUCGAGAUAUAAUUAUUGAUAGUCUCUAUUCGAAUACAACGCGUAUACCAAAUGUUAUUGAUUAUUUUCUUUCUGCUCUUCCAGAAAAUAUGAAUUCGGAUUUAACUUAUCAAAUAUUUGUUCAAUGUAUAUUUAAAUCUAUAAUCGAAAAUUUAGAAGCAUCGGAUUUAUGUUCAGUAAGUUCAAGUGAAGAUCAAACUACUGGAUUUAGUUUUGGUCUUGGUGAUCAAUCUGGAAAAACAAAUUAUGCACGUACAUUUACUAAUCUAGCAUCAAAUAUUGCAUCGUCAGCAAAUUUUAAUAUGUCAUCAUAUAAAAUUUUACUUGAAAAUGUUACACAUUUUAUUGAACGUAUGGUUGAUAAAAUUUGGGAAAUUGAAUAUCGUGAACCAAAGCAAAUCUUUGAAUUUAUUAUAAAAAUAAUAAAUCAAGCAAAAAAACGUGGAUCAAAUACAUAUAUGGAUUCACUUUUUCGUUCAUUAAAUCGAACAGUAUUAUUUGAAUUAUCAAGAAAAAUUGAUUCUAUUGGAGAUCAAAUGAUUACACUUGAUGCACUUCAUCGUUUAGCUAAUAAUCGACAAUUAAUUUUUACAGAUUCAAAUCAAGAUGCAGAAUUUUUUGGUUGUCUUUGUUAUUGUCUAAUUAUUUUAAUUGAUGAAACAGGAUCUAAACAAUCAAAUGAUGAAUCACGAUCAACAUGGUAUCAUCGUCUUGAUAGUCCAGUAUCAACUAUGCAACCAAAUAAAAGUUUAAUUAUUAAUGCUGCUCAACGUAUUUGGUCGGAAUUAUAUAUGAAAAAGAAACCUGCAUUAGAAGAAAUACUUAAAAUGAGUUUUUCACAAUUAGUUACACAAAAUAAAACAACAUUAGUUGAUGUUAGUGAAUCUUUAUUUGAACCAGCAUCGAAAGUUUGGACAAGAUUUAUUGAAGGAGAAUUAAGAAUAACAGAUAAAAUUCAACAACAAAUUAUGCAUGUUGGUUCGCGAAUUCAACGGUUAACCGGCGGUGUAACAGGGGGUUUUCGAUCAAGUCUUCAUCAACUUCGAGGUACAAAAGUCAAACGUGAACAAGUUAAAUUAGAUCGACAAGCAAUUCAUAGUACUUUGGCAUUAAUGUCUGUGAAUGUUUCGAGUGUGAAAGAAAAUGUUGAUAAUGAAUAUCGUCGAUUAACACUAAAUUCUGAACAAAAAUUUAAUUAUUUAUGCGAAGAAUGGUUUUCUAUUGAACAUGACCUCUUACGUGAACGAGGCUUAUGGGGUUUUGAUGAACCUGAUCCAUUGGCUAAAUAUAAACUUGAUUUUAUCGAAGGACCAUGUCGUAUGCGUAAACGAAUGGUACUUAAUGAAGAUUUUUAUACGCAUUAUCCACAUCGUAUUGCAGUUGAACAAACAAGAAAAAAAUUUAAUCCACCUGUAUCAUUAGAUUCUAAACAAUAUUCUGAUCGACAAUCUCAUAUUGUUGAUCGUUUACUUAUUACAUAUCCAUCACCAUUCGAAAAUACUUUAACAUCUCCAAUACCAAUAUUAAAAGAAGCAACUGAACCGAAAUCUCCACCUCCAAUAACAGUCAUAUCAAAAGAUAUUAAUGAACCAACUCUGUCAUUAACAGAACAAACUGUACAAGAAGAAGGUGAAACAUGGACAAAUGAUGCAGAAAGAGGAUUACUUGCACCAACAUUAUUAUCAGUACGAAAAAAAACAUUAACAGAUUUAUCAUCAAAUGAAGAAACAACUGGUAUUGAUGAUGAUGAAGAAGAUCCAAUGGUUAGUAAACUACAACAAGAUGAAGCUGAAAUUGAAGGUGACACUCCACAUGCACCAAUCACAGCUAGUGAAACGGUUGAAGUGAGUCAAACGAAUCAAAAUGUUUUACGAUUACUUGAAGAUGAUGAAAAAAUAUCAUUAGCAUUUCGUUGUGCACGUAUUGAAGGUCUUGAUGGUAGUGAAGGAAUAUUUAUCUUUGGUCGAGAACAUUUCUAUAUUCUCGAAGGUUAUACGUAUAAUACAGAAAAAAAUGAAAUUGUUGAUUUGGAUAAAUGUCGAAAUGAAUAUAUACCAUUAAUACCUAAAUCAUCAACAAUAACAAAUAUGGAUUUAAUACAAUAUAGAAAAGAAUGUUCAAAAUUUGCUUAUGAAGAUAUAAAAGAAGUUCAUAAACGACGACAUAUUUUACAACCUAUUGCACUUGAAUUAUUUGCUGCUGAUGGUCGAAAUUAUUUACUUGUUUUUGUUCGUAAAGAACGUAAUAAAAUUUAUCAACGUUUACUUGGUUCAGCAACAGAAUUAACAGAUUCAGCAAUACAUUCAGUAUCUGGUCAACGACGAAGUAUCAAUAUAGAACAAGGAACUAGUUUUAUUGGAUCACUCAUGGGUGAACGUUCAGUUACACAACGAUGGGAAAAAGGAGAAAUUAGUAAUUUUCAAUAUUUAAUGCAUUUAAAUACACUUGCUGGAAGAUCUUAUAAUGAUUUAAUGCAAUAUCCAGUAUUUCCAUGGAUUCUUAAUGAUUAUGAUAGUAAAGAAUUAAAUUUAAUUAAUCCAAAUACAUUUCGUGAUUUAUCGAAACCAAUGGGUGCUCAAACUGAUAAUCGUCUUGUACAAUUUCAAAAACGUUUUGCUGAAUGGGAUGAUCCAACAGGUUCAACACCAGCUUAUCAUUAUGGUACACAUUAUUCUUCUGCAAUGAUUGUUGCAUCAUAUCUUGUUCGUACUGAACCAUUUACUCAAGUUUUUCUUCGUUUACAAGGUGGACAUUUUGAUCUUGCUGAUCGAAUGUUUCAUAGUAUUAAAGAUUCAUGGUUAUCAGCUAGUAAAAAUAAUAUGGCUGAUGUUAAAGAGCUUAUUCCAGAAUUUUUUUAUUUACCUGAUUUUUUAUUAAAUACAAAUAAAUUUGAUCUCGGUAAAAAACAAAAUGGUUUAGGUUUAAAUGAUGUUAUAUUACCAACAUGGUCGAAAAAUGAUCCAAGAGAAUUCAUACGUAUUCAUCGAAUGGCAUUGGAAAGUGAUUAUGUUUCAGCACAUUUAAAUGAAUGGAUUGAUCUUAUAUUUGGAUAUAAACAAGAAGGACCAUCAGCUAUCGAAGCAACAAAUGUAUUUCAUCAUUUAUUUUAUGAAGGUGCUGUUAAUGUUGAUGAUAUAAGUGAUCCUAUGGAACGAACAGCUAUUAUUGGUUUUAUAAAUAAUUUUGGACAAAUUCCUAAACAGCUUUUUAAACGUCCACAUCCGCAAAAAAAAUUAAGCCGAUCUCUUAUGGAUUCAGUUGGUAUUGAUAGAAAUUUAUUUUUUAAUUAUGUAAAUAGUUUACGACCAUCAAAAAUACCAAUUAAAGAAUUAAAAUCGGCAGUUGGCUUAAUUCUUCCAACAGAUAAAGGAUUAAUCGCUCUUGAACAAGGUAAAGCAAUUAUACCACCAAAUUAUUCUCGUUGUAUACAAUAUGGAUUUCCCGAUGAGAGUUUACGUAUAAUGUCUGUUGAUUCAGAUAAAAGUUCAAUGAUAUAUGAAUUAGUCCAAGAAGGAAAAAUUACAAAUGUUCUAUGUCCAACACCACAAUAUGUUAUAACAGCUGGUACAAAUACAUUAAUUAAUGUAUGGGAAAUUGGUAAAGGUCGUCAUAAACGUUUACAUUUAAAAACACGUUUAGCUGGUCAUAAUGAUACCAUAACAUAUUUAACAGCAUCACAAGCAUAUCGAAUUUUAAUAUCCGGUUCUGAUGAUCAAACAUGUAUUGUUUGGGAUUUAAAUCGUUUACAUUUUAUUCGACAAUUACCAAAUCAUGCAGCAUCAAUAUCCUGUAUAUGUGUUAACGAAUUAACAGGUGAUAUUGCAAGUGCUGCAGGAAGUCAUUUAUAUGUUUGGACUAUUAAUGGACAAUUAGUUGCAUCAAUUAAUACGAUGGCAUAUAGUCGACAACAAUCAAUUCUUUGUGUUGCUAUGUCACAAAUGAAUGAAUGGGAUGAUGAAAAUGUGAUUAUAACUGGUAGUUCUGAUGGUGUUGUUCGAAUGUGGACUAUUGGUUAUGAUCAAGUAGUUGAUGCACCUUCAGCAUCACCUUCAACUUUAACAUUAGGAGAAGAUCGAAGUCGUGGUCCAUCAAUAUCUCAACCAUCACCAAUGAGACUUCAAUCAAAUCCAAGUCAUUUAUCAAAUGAUAGUGAUGCAGAAUCUGAUGAUGGUGAAGGAAAAACUCCGGUAACUCCUACGCAAAAACAUUUUUCACCACAAACAGAUCAAUCAUUUGAUGAUGAUGGAGAAUCACAUAUAAAUAAAGAUACACUUAGUGUAACAUCUGCACCGCCAUUAAAUAGUCCAAAUGGUAGUGAUAAAUUUAUUGUUGUUACUGAUGUUGAAAUUCUUGAAGCAAAAAAUACUAACAAUAAUACAACGAAUGAAAAUCAAAUAAAAUCUACUUAUCUUGAUUUAAAAGAAGGUUUUAAAUGGGAUCGCCGAUUAAAUUAUCGUGGUAAAUUAACAAUGCAUACAGCUUAUGAACGAAAAGAAAAUCCAAGUCCAGCUGCUAUUACAGCAAUUGGAAUAUCAAAAGAUCAUAAAAGUUUGUUUGUGGGUGAUGCACGUGGAAGAAUAUUUAGUUGGAUUGUUAGCGAUAAUCCAGGUCGCUCAAAUGCUGAUCAUUGGAUUAAAGAUGAAACAGUGGGAGCAUGUAAAGAUUGUUCAAUUAGAUUUUCAUUUGCAGAAAGAAGACAUCAUUGCAGAAAUUGUGGACAAUUAUUUUGUGCUAGGUAA